GCUCGCCGGUGGCUUUCCCCUUUGACCUGACGGGGCUGGUGGAGUCGCGUGUGUCGAGGCAUCGCCGUUUGUUCCAGGCCCGAAGGGGGAGAGAGAGACCGAGACCGGGGCCGCAGGCAUGAGCGCCAUCGAGCAGAUGAGGGCCAAUGUGGGCAAGUUGCUGAAAGGCAUCGACCGGUAUAACCCUGAGAAUCUGUCAACAUUGGAACGUUAUGUGGAGACACAGGCCAGGGAGAACGCAUAUGAUCUGGAAGCCAAUCUGGCUGUUCUUAAACUGUAUCAGUUCAAUCCUGCCUUCUUCCAGACCACUGUCACCGCACAGAUCUUGCUGAAAGCGCUGACGAAUCUGCCACACACUGAUUUUACACUGUGUAAAUGUAUGAUUGACCAGACACACCAGGAAGAACGACCAAUCCAGCAAAUCCUGAAUCUCGGUGAUCUACUGGAGACCUGCCAUUUCCAGGAUUUCUGGCGUAAUCUGGAAGAAAACUCAGAGCUGAUUGAUGGAAUAACCAGCUUUGAAGACUCAGUGCGAAAAUUUAUCUGUCACGUCGUUGGAAUCACAUAUCAAACAAUUGAGAAAUGGCUACUGGCCGAAAUGUUGGGGGAUCUGACAGAUAUGCAGCUACAAGUUUGGAUGAGUAAGUACGGCUGGGUCGAGGCUGAACCAGAUAAAAUCUUCAUAUGUAACCAAGAAGAAAGUAUCAAACCCAAAAACAUUGUGGAAAAGAUAGAUUUUGACAGUGUGGCUAGCAUCAUGGCGUCCUCCUAGUGACACCCGCUAUUGUAGACGUCCAGGUGUUUUUUGACAAAAUGCUCUCUCCAUUAUUCUUGUCAAUAAAAUUAUUGAAAUUA